AUGCUUGCUUCUCCGUCCGACGAGGCUGUACGCGCACAGCCGCUCCUCGAAACGCUUCGCGAUGAGCGCCCGUCGCCCGCAUCGAAAAAUGCUGCCGGCUUAUCUGCAACUGCUGCUUCCCGUAAGCGCCUGCUCGACUGCUUGUAUCUCUUGGCUAUGUUAUGGCAAGAGCAGAUGAGCUACCUAUUUACUUCGUGGAGGUUCUCCUCUAUCUCUAUUAUCAAAAUUUCAAUUCAAUCAAGAGCAUGUUACUUUUUUUGAACUUCUUCAUACAUCAAGUUGGCGUUACGAGUGUUAUACCUACGGAAAUCCCCUAAAUAUUAUGGAUCCUGUCCUCAAGUGUUACACUCUCUCCUAAGAAGAGGUCUGGUUGGCCUCACAAGCAACGUGGUUUGUAGCCUGAUUGCACCGAUUUUGCCGGAUGAGUACUUGAGACUUGGGAUCGAUGUCUCGUGGGUCGGUUCGGUUUUUGCCGUGUAUUCCGUAGCCGUCCUUAUCUUUACGCCAAUCAUAAGUGCAGUAACGUCAUCCACCUCAGUGUCAAGCUCAUCAAAUACGAAUUCGAAUGCCGCUACCGACGACGCAGUUCCAGCAGCGCUUGCGGUGGACGUCGAGAAGCACGCAGGUCUAGAGAGGAACGCAGAAAUAAAAGAUGCAGGACAAAUGAACCAAGCUGAGAAAAUAGCGUCCCAACUUGUAGAAAAAUCGUGCUUCCAGAGGCGUGUGCGCGUCCUACUAUUUGGGCUGCUGAUGCAGGGUGUCGCCGCUAGCUUAUUCGGCCUCGCACCGGAUUUUGUACCUGAGAACCCAGGUGCAAUCCUAGCGAUUCAUCUGGUCACAAGAACAUGCGGAGGUAAUCGUCGAUAUACUAGUGGUUCUAGAAUCUUCAUUCAUGGUAAUCUCAAACAAAAGCUGCACCUUCUGCACCUCCCAUACAGGACAUAUUUCAUGCAACAACUCGUACCUUGGUACAACCUUAACCUUUCUCUAAUCUCUUUCUGCACCUUCGUUCAUCUUCAUCACUCAGGUAUCGGGCAAGCGCUAUCGAACCUGGCAGUUUUUAGCAUGGUUGCUGAUCGCUUCGUACACGAUCUAGGAUUUGUUAUGGGAUUGAAUGAGGUUGUCAUUGGCGUCGGAUUUUCGGCCGGUCCACCGAUUGGAUCUUGGCUAGAGCUACUCGGCAAUUCCUUCGCGUGUCCGUUUCUUUAAGACUUUCCACAUUACGUCCUCCACUCACAUCCUCGACCUUUUUUCGACUGGAAAAUAGGCGCAGAAUACUCUGAAGACUGUAAUGCUGUAACCUAGAAUUUCUAGUUAGCGGCAGCAUGAUCCUUUCUAUCACCAUGCCAGUGGUAGUCCUGCUGUGGUCCUUCGAGCUCAAAAAUUUCCUCAUUGAAAAUGCUCUUAUUGAGAACAAACAAGAACAUACCAGCAGUAGUAAAAGAAGCAGUAGCAGAAGCAAAAAUAUGACCACAACAUCACGAUCAGCGUCUCCGGCAUCAUCAAAAGCUAAGACACUCUCUGAGAAAGUAGAGGGAAUGAAGGCGACAACGAGCAACGAAAGUACUCAGCAGGUGCUCUUGAGUCCGACAUCAAUUGGUGCACAGCUCACCCCAAGUAUCAGGAGUCCUACCUCGAAAACAAAUCAAGAUCAAGAAGCAUAUCCUGAAGAAACGGAAGAGGGAAGAAGCGUGAAUCUCUUCCAGCUGCUCUCAUAUACGUCCAUCAUGGUGCCUUCCGGGUUCUUGUUUUUUGGGACCUUCGUUUUUGGUCUUGUUGAGCCGAUCUAUGCGAUUCAUGCCAGAAAGUUCUUACACCUCGAUAUUGUCACAAUAGGCUACAUGUAUUGUGCUCUUUCCGUCUCCUAUAGCGUAUUCGGCGUGCCCGCGGGCGCUAUUGCGGACCGACAAUCCCAAUACCUUCCUGUUCUGAAAAUCGGCGCGCUCAUUUCUGGAAUUGCCUUGUUGCUCUUCGGCGACUACUAUGAUCUUUUGGGCCUUAACAUUGGAACAGAGGGAGUUGCACAGCAAGUAGGAAGCACAAUGCCGGAGGUAGAUACUUACAUCCAUUCGAUGUCUCCUGUAGAAACGAUACAUGAGGAUAAACUCGCUGGGUCUAGUAAAGAGGCUUGUCAACGAUGAUCGUUUCUGUAGUUCACAUCCGCGAUCAUGGCUAGUCGUGUGCCAGAUCCUUGCAUGAGCAGUAGAACGCUUUGUGACUACAAACUCUCCGCUGGUUCCAGGUUGAGUUUGAAGCUGCGAUUAUGCUUCUUCUCGGAGUGGGACAAGCCGCCCUCUUAGUGCCGACGCUGCCAGCGAUGAAACAAGGAGCAGGAGAAGCGAAAAAGAAGUUCCUCCAGGACACAGGACGGUCAGUUAAGGCUACCGCAAAUGCAUCCUCAUCAUGUACAACUCCUUGCUUGAUCGCCUACAGCCCGGAAGUACUUGUUCUUGUAGGUCUUGACUACGUAGAUCAAAUCUAUUUAUUUCCUUUUGAGGGAAAGGCGAACAAGGGAAUGGCGGGAAAAACAAGAGGCGAACAAGUAGGAUGGCACCCAUGAUGUUUUCCUCUAUGAUGAAGGAAAACCGACCUCCAAGGAUGCACUGUAGUACUUCUAGCUCUAAGUCAAUCAGCAUAGCAACAGACACCGUUGUUGCUCUGUUCAAUAUGUUUCAGCAGUUGGGCCUCAUUGUAGGGCCGCUGGCAGGUGCCUACCUUCGGGAAGCCAUUGGCUUCGCACACACAAUGCGGCUUGGAGGCAGUGCCGUACUCCUCUACCUCAUCCUUGCGCAAUUUAUUCCUGCCUAAGUGAAGAUAGCAUUAGUAGUACAGAUGCCUAUGGCGCUAUGAAGACUAGGGUUCUUCGAGUAAGAUAGAUAUAGAUUCGGCGUGAGAAGCAUAUAUGAGCAUGGACGCUGCAUUUGGCAGAAUUAUAGAUAAAAAUGGCGGUCAGAAGUACGACCACUAGCUCCUGGCGACCAAUAGGAAAUUUUCAAAUUUAGAGUUGGUCAUGUUGCUGCCCUCCACAGUGCCCUGUACAGUGUUUCCACUUUCUGCUCAAUUACACACUUUUCAGAACAUAAUACCAACACAAACUACUACUACAUCGCCGGCCCACAUAUUAGAUUUUGAUCACCCUAGGAAAUGUCUCAUCUCGUCGGCAUUUCUACUGUAGAGAUGUAGUGACGAUGACGAUGAAGCCAGCACAUUUCCACACCGGAUCAUGUGUUGGCAUGGGGAGAUACAAGCUGUAGCUUUUCAUACAGAAAAUGAACGACAAAGGGAAAGGAUUCCUCUUAAAUACGUUGAAUGCCACGAUAAGGCUCUUCAGUAGAAGAAAACAUCCAGAUCCAUGUGACAUCUAAAACUGAAAAUGUAUAGACGAUAGUAGACCUUAGCAGGUGAAUCAUAAUGGAUAAAUAGGUGGUGUACCAGUCUAGAGAUGCUUGACUGCACUCCAGGCGCAAAACCUAUCUUCUAGAUUUUUUGAAAGCCAGACGACUCGGAAAAUAUGCUUGGGAAUAAGGGGGAUAAUGAUCCUUGUUAUAAAUUUGUAGUUUUAGGUUGUUGUGUAGAGUUUUCGACUUUCUAACCACAUUGUUAUUUCAUGUUGAAGGGUAUGAGUAUGUAGAAGAUCAUCGUGGUACCUCCAUUUGAUGUUUUUUUGGUGUCGUUGGUCAUACGACAGAACUGCAGGUGGGAGCAGAAAAUAUGUGUAUAUAUGUCAUAAAAUAAGAUUGUUACUCGUCGUGAAAAGAAUAUUUUGCAUUCCAACACGUAGCGAGAGAUGCUCAUUGCUUCGUAGAUGAGCCGAAUCCUAUCCUAUCCCAUGAAAAUAAUGAACCCUUGUCCCUUAGAGUUAGACCACAUCACAUUCACAGUCACAGUAGUACUUCUAGUAGGUCGUUCUCAUAAUUCUUGUUGUUUUACCCAACGCCAAGAAAGCUGCAAGUCUUCCUCGAUUACACCGAUUGGGCAAAAUGGAUGAAAAGACAAGAAUUACUCCUGUUCGACAGAGGUUGCGGUCACCGG